UGUCACGGUCGCGGCGAGCACGUGAAAGUAGCAAGUGUUUAUCACAUCAUAAAUGUAAUCAUACUUUAAAAAUAAGACGAAGCUGUUUGCAUGAAGUGAUGUGAAAUUAGUACAAAUCAAGAUAUUUCCGUUACCAAAGGAUGAAUAUGUUCAAUACAUUUUGAACCAUCAUGCUUUAAAACAUCUUUUCGAUUGCAACUGCCGGGGUACUCUUUGAAAAGUUCAUAAACCGAACAAUAAUGCAGUUCCCAUGUUGCAUUUAUUUAAUGACUCACAUGUGAAAAAUACACAAUGGCCUAAUUACUUUGAUGAAGGAGGGAUUACAUCACUGAUAGCAAAUGCGUUUAAAGUAAUGACAAAUGUGUCAAUUGUUAAUACCAAUAUGCCUGGAGAAGUGUUGAAUGCAUCUAUACACAUCAAUGUUAUUCCACAAGAAGUGGUGCAUUCAACUGCAGUUGUAGCAAAUAUGUCAGUGGAUUGUGUCGGUACAGUUAUUCAAGAAGUGUCGAAUGUUUCAAUACAUAUGAAAAUUGCAUCGGAAGAAAUGAUUCCUUCAUAUACAGUUAUAGAAAAUGUGUCAAUGAAUUUUGCUGAUGUGUCUAAAAAAAUGUCGACUGCGUCAACACACAUCGAUGUCACAUCAAAAGAAAUUGUAGAUGCAUCAAAGAGUAUUAUGGAUGUAUGUAAUGUGGACAAUACCGUGCAUGUAACACCAACUGUAUCAUCUAUAACAAAUCUCCAUAGCUCAAGUAAAGGCGUUGAUUCCAUAAAAAACUUGCAACAAGAAUUGGAAGCCUUGAAGAAGAAACUUGCAAAAUUCAAACUACAAGAGAAAUUGAAUAGAUCGUGAGAAUCUUAAAUUGCAAGUGGUUGCAGUGAAGAAAAAAAUUGAAGCAGCAAGAACAAAAUUCAUCUUGGUACAUUGAAAUGUGCGAAGUCAAAAUGCACACAAAUCUUUAGGUAAAGUUUUCGGGUCAAAUACGAAUAUUAUUGAAUCUUAACGUGACACACAUAAACUGGUCUUCAGAAGAUAUAGCGAACGCUAUGUCUUUACGAUGCAUCAGUCCCAAAGCUUACCGGUACAUGAGAAGUGUUAUGAAAAUGUUUCUCCCUGUUUUUUCAAUGCUAAGAAAAUAUGCCGCACUUGCUCGAGUUAGCAAGAAAUCACUUUAUUGAUAAUGGAUUCGGUGUGUGGGGGCAUCAUAUGGACAAGAAAUAUAUCGAAUGAAUCUUAAGUAUUUGUGCAAAAGAUAUAAAAGUUUUUUACAACAUUUUCCAUUAUCACCUUCACGUCCAAAGCUAUGAAAGACAAGAAGUUCUACGAUUUCUUAUACACUGGGCAACAAAAUUAACGCAACACCUGUUUUACUCUGCAAAAAUAGGCAAACUUCAAGAUAGAAUAACUUCGUCAAAAAUCGUCGUAUCCAGAUGUUUAAAAAAGCAUUUUACAGCUUGAAACCUUUACUUUUCAGAUCGCUACUUUAAAAACGGUCUCAUGGAGAUUUUAUGAAGUUACACAAACAUAA